CACAAAAAAGGAGGGGGAAUUUGGAGUCACCGAGAGUGCAACUACCAAUGACUGAUUACCAAGAACCUGUGUUACAUUAACGGCACACACCUAGAGAAAGAGGUGAUUAUCGUGAUUGGGGCUGUUUCUCUAUUGCUUUUGCAUAUAUAUUGGAAUGAAGGAAGAGUGAUAUGUAGACAAGGUGAAGGAAGACAAGGGUGUGGCUGACAGACAGACAGUAAAGUGCAGUGGAGAGAGGCACAAGAGUAGGAAAAGAUACGACAUAAUCAUAUUGUAAGAUAAACACUUUUAGGCUGGAAGACAGGUGCUUGGGGGAACCAAAUCUGGAUCACAUCUCUCAAGACAGUAAAGAGGUAAAGGGAAAAUAGCAUCCAUAAUAGCCUGGUCAGAUUUCUGUUCCUGAGUCCUUAUCCUCCCCUAAUAGUGGGAAUCAUGGCAAGCUAUCUAUACUACCUGGUCCCAGCAGUAGGGGGCUAUGCUCUCACGUCACUGUACUUUCUGAAGAACCCUCAUAUUCUACACAAGAAGAAGCAGACAGCCUUCCUUUGCACACAUAUCUCUCACAGAGGAGGCUGUGGUGAAAGGAUUGAGAACACUAUGGAGGCCUUUACACAUGCUGUGGAGGUGGGCACAGAGAUGCUGGAGCUGGACUGUCACUUAACUAAAGAUGGUCAUGUGAUUGUGUCACAUGAUGAGAACCUCCUGCGGCAGACUGGGCACGAUGUCACCAUCUCCUCCUUAAACCUGGAGGAGUUGCCAUCUUAUAAAGAGACACUCGAGGUUACCUUCAAGACAGGCCACUACAGCACUGGGACAGACAAAAACUUUGCUUUGUUAGAGGAUGUGUUCCGAAAAUUUCCUCACAUGGCUGUGAACAUUGAAGUGAAAGAGAACAACAGUGCACUGAUUGAGAAGAUUUCUGACCUUGUGAAGAAAUACAACAGAGAGGGCAUCUCAGUUUGGGCCUCUGUGGAAUCCUCCAUUAUGGCUAGUUGCCGAAAAAUGAACUCCUCCAUGCCCUAUAUGUUCACAUUAAAGCGCGGUUUACAGCUACUCCUGCUGUACUACACUGGCAUUCUGCCAUUUGUACCACUAGGUGAAAGUUUCCUGCAGUUCUAUCUACCACAGAUCUUCAACAGAACAUAUAUACCAGACUCAUGGAUUCUGAGAAACAGUUUGGUCAUCUAUUUGAUUGAAAGAUUGACUUUGAGAAAAGGGAUGUUCAAGCACCUUAAAGACAGAGGAAUUCAGAUUCACCUCUUUGUGUGUAACGAGGAAGAGGAUAUUGAGGCUGCAUUUGCUGCUGGUGCAACAGGAGUCAUGUCCGACUAUCCCACCCUGUUAUCAAACUACAUUCAAAGGCACAGACAUGCCACUUGAUUAAGAACAAAUGCACAGAAUGUACCUCAAACACUUUAUGUAAUUUCUUGCCAACAAUGACACUAUUUGCUUGUCAGCCUUGGCAAUGAACCAAGCAUACUGUAGUCUGGAACUUGGUACUGCAUGCCUCAUGAUUAAAAACAUUUAAAGAAAUAAAUGGAACUCGUAUAUACUGUA